AUGCCCUGCGCCAGACCCGAGGGCUCCCCCGCUCUCAGCAUCGCGCUCACCAGCUCCAGCAAACGCAUAUUCCAAGCCGGCGACACCAUCACCGGCCACGUCGUGCGGCGCGCGCACAUGGUCGCGCCCGAAUGCCGCAUCACAAUCCGUCUGCUCGGCCGCGCCAAGACCAAAAUCGUCAUCACGCGCGGCAACGGCAACGGCGGUACCCGGCACGAGACGUACCGCAGCCGCUACCAUUUCUUCGGGCCCGAGACAUCAUCCGUCCUCUUUUCCGGCCCGCUGCACGUCGCCGAGCAAGGAGACCCAGCCACGUUUCCGUUUGCCGUGACGAUACCGACGUGCCCCUCGGCGAAUCUCUCGCGCGAAGCACAGGGAAACAGCUUCCUGCCGACCGAUCCCGCGUCCGUCGCGACGCAGAUGCUGCCGCCGUCCUAUACCUCGAAUCACCAUCACAAGGAGGGAUAUGUGGAAUACUGGCUCGAGGCACAGCUCAGCCCCGGCCCGGGCACGAACAACAAGGCCGUGACCGCGGCGCAAUCGACCCAGCCGAUUCUUCUCGGCGCGCCGAAUACACGCGAGCCCGCGCCGCCGCGGAUCGUGAAAACUUUGGCGUCGCCGGCGCAUUCCAUCACGUCCUACAACCUGAUCCCCGGCAUGAAUGAGGUCUCGCUCUCGUUGAAGCAAAAGAGCAAGCAGUUCUUCCACACGUCCAGCGUCCCCUCCCUUGCCUACGCCGUACACGUGGGCCUUCCCGUCGUCAUGCAGCUGCAGCCCAACGAGGCCAUCCCGCUCACCCUGCGGCUAUCGCCCACUGCAGCGGGGACGAGCGACGACGUCCGCAAGACGACACAAAAAGCGACCAUAAACUACAUGACAGUCCACCUGAAACAAUACACCGUCAUUCGCGCGGGAGAGCAUUUCUUCGGCGGUCCACGCGAAGAGAGCAUGUCCGACACCAUCGACCUCCACUUUGACAAGGCCCUCAAGUCGCUGCCGGCCCCCAUGGUCGUCGACAUUGACGCUGACGGCGAGCCCGUCAAUCUUGGCGCGCUGUUUGAUCUCCGUCUCUCCGAGUCCGGAUUCUCGAGCGGCACCGACAAGCUGGCCAGCCACUGGUUCGGGCCGCCCAUAACAACCGACUUUGUGACGUACAACAUGACGGCCAGCCACGCUUUAAAAGUCGCGGUGAGCGUGACCGUCUGCGGCAAGGAACACGUUGAUACCUUUAAAUUUGACACGCGCAUCAUGGCGCCGCCGGCGAUCGCCGCAGCGGUACCCCGUAAUGGGGCCAAUAACGCCACUGAAAUCGAGGCCAGGCCCGCGCCGCCUUCGUUUGCCGAAGCCAUGCAUGGAGCCGACCGUCCACCAGAUUACAAACCAAAGCCAGCGCCGUCCGAGAAAGUGCCAGAAAAGGCGUAA